AUGUUGGAUGCAGAUGAGUCUUUUGGAUGUCGAGAGACGUUUAUACUGCCACGUGCUAUUGAUACAGAAGAAAUGCAUGUAUCAUCUAGUGAUUCGUCUCAGGCUGGAGAAAUUGAUCCACAAGUUACUGUUUCAAUUGAAGAACCUGCGUUAUCACAGAGUCCGAUUGUUGCAGACGUUGGGACGGUGCAACAAGCUAUGGCAGAGUUGCUCAGGAUGCAACAUGCCAUUGCAACUCGACCUGAUAAUAGUAGUAUCAAGGAGCUAGAAAAAAUAUAUGAGAUGAGACUACGAGAGAAAGAGGAGAAAACAAAGCAACGCGGCCUUGAACUUCAGAUUGAAAUGCAACGUACGAGAUGGAGACAACUGAAUCUGGAGUUUGAGAAAGAGGAAUGCAAGAAAGACCGCGAAAAACAAGCCAAGCUCAUUACAAGUCUUCUCGAGCGUCUUGAGCCAAAGAGAAGCUGA